AUGCCCGCUGGCUCAACCCCCAACGGUCGCUCUAAGGGCUCCAAAAAUCCUCCCAGCUCGCUAGUCGUCACCCUGAAGCUGUCCCCAGACAUGCUGCAGUCCUUCAUGGACAAUGCCACCGACAACAAACUCUCGCACCUAUCCCCCCCCGGCCAAGGGUGUCGAACGCUUCUCCCCGGCCUCAUCAACCGAAGUACCGGCCCAGCUGGGACUACUCCAGCUGACACCCCACGUCGGAAGGGAGUUCCCGGUCCUAAGCCUGGUAAUAAGCGGGCAAACGGACAGACUGAGCCUAGCUCGCGAGCUAGGGGUAGACCCGGGCCCAAGAAGAAGCCGCGACUGGAAGAAGGUGGCGAUGCUGCCAAGGUCGCGGCUGCGACUCGACUAGGUCCCAAGGCCAACACUGGCGCUAUCAAUGCCGGGCUUCGCGCUCUCGACCGUACUGGUGCCCCCUGUCGCAAAUGGGAGCGUCAGCCUUUGAAGUUAAGAAGUUUUACCGGUAUUCUCUGGCAGCUGCCUUCAUGGCGCGGUCACAGCUUCAGCAAGUCCGAGUCUGUCGAGUCCAAGGUUGAUGUCCUGGAGAGCGGAGAUAGUGACACCAAGGCUGGACUCACUGCUCCGGGUACCGAUACCCUCAAUGGCAGCAGUGCCGUUCCCAGUGAGAAGAGCAAUUCGGGUGAUGGAGAUAGCACACCUGCUCCAUCAAAUAUUGUCGGGCCUUCUUCGCCUGCCAUCGCUAUGGCUGCAUAA